AGAGUAUUUUCAAGGAAUGAAAUGUUUGCUAAAAAGAACGGAGAAAACAAAUUAAUGUGAUGCCAAACUAUGGUAUAAUAAGUGCAACAUAGCGUCGCUGUUGAAGUUAGUGCUUUAUCCAAAGGGUAUUCAAGCUUGUAUGAUUACCUUUAGCAAAUAUACGACAUGGAUAAACUUACUGUGAUCUCAGGGACUCUAUUUAUGGCUGCUGAUGUUUUUGCAAUUGUAAGCCUUGCAAUGCCAGAUUGGAUAAUUACAGACGUUGGUGGUGAUACUCGUCUCGGCUUGAUGUGGUCAUGCAUUACUUUGUACAAUAGACCACAAGUUUGUUUUACUCCAGACUUACAACCUGAGUGGUUGUUAGCUUUGAUAUGUAUAUUUAUUGGUUGCAUAUGCAUUACUACAACAGUAAUAUUGUUAGCAUCAAGCCAUUUUGAUCGAAAUGUUAUCCCUUAUGCCCGGUGGGUAGGAUUUGCUGCAAUGGUAGUGUUCUGUCUAGCUGCUGUUAUAUUUCCUAUGGGAUUUCAUGUGGAUGAAAUUGGUGGCCAACCUUAUCAACUGCCCAACAGUCAUCAAGUUGGAAUAUCAUAUAUAUUAUUUGUCUUGUCUUUGUGGAUCACUGUGAUUUCUGAACUUUUUGCUGGAAAAGUUUGUCUGCCUCAUUUUUAAUAUGAUCAGUUAUAAUCUGUGAAAACCUCAAUAGGUUAUUAACUGCUCUUAAAAAUUAUGCUAUUUGAUUCCAUUCAUAGGGUAGGCCUGUGCCCUAGUAGUGUGGACAUUAAUAGGAAGAUGAUGUACCAAAAAUUUUAAAGAACACUAAAAAUAACAAUUAAACAUGAGAUAGAGAAUAAUAUAUUGUAUAUGUAAUAUAUUAAAUAGUGUUUUUUUUUAAGUUUAGAAUGGUAUGAAUGUUUUUUUUAAGUUUGGUGGUAUCAAAAGAUAUUUAACUAUAUCUUUCAUUAAUGUUUUUGGAA